AUGAAUUAAAGUUUACUUCACCUGAUCUAAGUUGCAUAAAAGCAUGAAAAUAAGUUUGAUGAAUAAUAUUUAGAUGACAUGAUAGCUUCCUGCAGACUGAAUGGUUAAAAUGAUCGUUAUUUAAUAUUGUUGUUAAUCAAAAUUUGGAAAAACAAUGAUGAGUUUUUGGGAUAUAGAUUCAAGUAAUGGGUAUAACUACAAAAAGUUGGUAAUUCAAAAUCCAACUUCGAUUUCUUAAGGAAUGGUUAAGUUCUUGAAAGUAUUUAAAAGUUUGAAAAAAAUUUAUCCCGCAAUACUUUUGAGGCUAUAAAAAAACACAAUUUUUUUCCAAGAAAUGACACACCAUAAUAGGAUGAAAGUCUUAAACGAGUUAAAGAAAACUUAAAAUAAUACGAUGAUCCUAUUUUAAAUACAAUAAAUAAAAUCUUGUAAGGAGAUAUGAACUCUAUUCUGGAAGUAUCUAAGGCGGACUGGAUUUCAUUUGUAAUGCUUUAUGUUUAAUUUUGUGAUUAUAAAAUUACACCAUAGGAUAUGACCAAUAUAUUGAGAAAAUUUAAAUUCUCUAUUGAUUCAGAUAAUGAUAAUCUUUUAUACUUAUUUGGAGAGAUUGUAAUAAGACCAGAAGAUGUAAAUAUUAUCAAUUCUUUACUCAAAUAUGAUAAAAAUCUUACUUAUUUUGUGUAUUUGUACUUUGAAAAUUAAGGAUAGAAUUAACCAAGAUCAAAAUACGAAAUAUAUGUAUUCUUUUGGAUUAUUUAUUUUUUAGAAAAGUAAAUUUUAGUUGAUUAAGACCAUCCUUGAAGAAAUUCCAGAUGAUUUCAAAUUUGAAUAAGAGAUCUUAUACUUUUUUGAAGAAAUUGUAGAAAACAUAAAAAUGUUAAGAGAACUUAAUAGUGAUAUAUUCAAAGAGGAUUUUUAAGACAUUUUCAAUAAUAAAAUGAAAGGAAUCAUCAAUUCUUCUAACAAUUUUAGAAAAAGUAUAGAUCUUUUAUAAUUUAGUUAUGAACUUUCUCAAUUGCAUCAACAACAUCUAAUUAGAAGAAAAAGCCUCGAUCAUCCAUUAAUCCUUAUUAGAGAAAAUAUUCAGUGAAUAAUUAUUACAAUUGGAGGAAAGACAGAAUGCUUUAAAUAUCAUUAUUGAAAAGUUCUUUUAUGAUUAAGACUUUUUAAAAUAAUUAAAAUAUGAAAUAAACAAAAACAUCAAUAAUCCUUACUUUGACGAAUUAUUUAGAGAUUUCUUAAGUAAUUUCACACUGGAAAAAUAUCGAGGAUAUUUUCAAUAAGAAUUGAUUAAACUCUAAUUUAAAUUUGGAUUAAAAUUAUAUGAUAUACAAUAAAUAAAUAACAUUGAAUCUCCAGAGUUUCUUAUAAUGAACAUAUCAUAAGAAUUUAUAAGAAAUGUUAUUUAAUCCGAUGAAUAAUUUAAAUUGAAAAUGAAGAUAAUUUUGAGUAACUUGUUAGAUUAAUGUUAAAAUAAUUAGGAUGAAAAAUUUAAUAAUAGGAAAAAUAUCAUUAGACUCUUAAUAAGAAGAUUAUGA